CUCCUGAAAAGAGGUUAAAGAUAAAUCUCAGACAGAAAGCGGGACAGAGAAAAAGGAAAAAAGAAAAAAGCGAAAAGAACAAUAAAUAAUUUUAUAAAAAGGGAGACUAAUCGGAUCAUAGCCAUUGGUUUAGCUUCUCAUCGUUGAAUCUCUACCGUUUGUUCUCAUUAGCGGCGGUAGCUCUUUCUCGAUCGCUGCUCCGCCGUCCAUUUCUUUGUCGCUGAAUCGGUUACAAUGUAAAACAAGGAGUCACCAAAUUGAAUUCAUCUUGGUGAUUAUGAACACUUACAACACAAACAUUUCCAUUCAAGUCUUACCAGCAUUUGAGUUUGGCGUCUGCUUGAGAGAAAAGCUCUCUGCUGCCGCCAUCUUCACUGCUGGCACUGAACUCUACCAGUUCUCCCCUUCAUUUCACAUAUCUUGAUCUGAACUGCUCCAUUGUAACUGGAUGGCUGUUGCAGCAUCUAAGGGACUCUUUAAUAGUGAAUUUCAUGGAAAUAAGAUGAUGGAAAGGAAAUCUUCUGGAAGAAGACGUGUCUUUGUGCAGACUGAAACAGGCUCUGUUCUUGGUAUAGAGUUAGAUAGCAGUGACAAUGCCCAUACUGUGAAAAGGAAACUACAGAUUGCUCUUAAUGUUCCAAUAGAGGAGAGGUCUCUCAUAUUUGGGGAUGUAGUGCUGAAGAAUGAUCUAAGUACUGUCAGAAAUGAUUCUCCACUUCUUCUCACGAAAAACUUUAUGCACAGAAGCUCAUCUACACCAUGUCUCUCACCUACUGGAAAGGAUGUACAGCAGAGAGAUCAGAGUGGUCCCAUUGAGAUAUUAGUAUGUUCAGAUCACUUUUCCAGGAUAAGAAAACUUGUAAGAAAAAUUGUGGAAGCAAUGAACUUUGGGAUUGAUCCCAUCCCUGUUUGUGGAGGUCUAGGCGGUGCCUACUAUUUUCGGGAUUGCCAGGGUGAAAACUGUGCAAUUGUUAAACCAACUGAUGAAGAACCUUAUGCUCCAAACAACCCAAAAGGUUUUAUUGGCAAAGCCCUUGGGCAGCCAGGACUGAAACGCUCAGUACGGGUUGGGGAGACUGGCUUUAGGGAGGUAGCAGCUUAUCUUCUUGAUUAUGAUCACUUUGCCAAUGUGCCCUCUACUGCUCUUGUGAAGGUCACACACUCCAUUUUUAAUGUCAAUGGUGAAGUGAAUGGAACCAAGCAGCAAGAGCGAAAGGAGUUUAGCAAGAUUGCUUCUCUGCAGCAGUUUAUCCCUCAUGAUUUUGAUGCCAGUGAUUAUGGGACUUCAAGCUUUCCAGUUGCUGCUGUACAUAAGAUAGGGAUAUUGGAUAUCCGCAUCUUGAACACUGAUAGGCAUGCUGGAAAUCUUCUGGUAAGGAAAAUUGAUGGAGGAGGAGGACUUGAUCAAGUGGAGCUUGUUCCAAUUGAUCAUGGCCUAUGCCUUCCAGAAAACCUGGAGGACCCCUACUUUGAGUGGAUCCAUUGGCCUCAGGCAUCAAUUCCUUUCUCAGAGGAUGAGCUUGAAUAUAUAUCUCAUCUUGAUCCAUUUCGAGACUCUGAACUGCUCAGAAUGGAGCUUCCAAUGAUUCGAGAGGCAUGUCUUCGUGUCUUGGUUGUUUGCACUAUUUUCCUCAAGGAAGCAGCAAUUUCUGGUCUGUGUUUAGCUGAGAUAGGUGAGAUGAUGAGUAGGGAGUUUCAAGGCCAGCAGGAGGAGCCAAGUGAACUUGAGUUCAUAUGUAUUGAGGCGAGGAGACUUUUAGAGGAAAGGAAUAUGCUUUCUGAUAACGUGAGAGCUGUCGAGAAUGAAUUCCAGUUUGAAAUUGACUGUGAGGAGGAGUCAGAUAUAACUUGUAAUCUAGAAAAGAAAUUGGCACCACAGGCUUGUUGGCCACUUGGUGGAAAUAUCCGGAACCCACUUUCCAAGGUAGAAGAGAAUGUAGAGGAAUGGACAGAGGAGGAUGGGAAUAUAAUACCCCCAAGGUCAGAUGAAUAUGCUUUUACUGCCCAAGAAAAGGCUCCAACUGUUCCAAGACUGUCAAUGUCCAUGAAAAAUGUUAGCAUUGGAGACAAGAGUUGGAAGCAUGAAAACGUAAUGCAGAAAAAUGGCUAUUUGUCUGGAACGUCAUCUGGAAACAGAAGUGUGAAUGAACAGCUUGCUGGAAGCACCAGAUUUGUGAAACUAGCUGAUAUGAGUGAAGAGGAGUGGGUACAGUAUCUUGAGAAUUUCCAGCAUUUGGUUUACCUGGCAUUUUCUAAUCGUAAAUCAGGGAGUGUAGGCCAGAGACAGAGACAGAGGCUUGGAACUUCAUGCCAGUUUUGAUUUAGUUAAUCUUUUCAAUGCUAAAGUUAGAAGGUUUGAGGGUUGUUGGAACCAGAAAGCAAUACUGUAGGUUACUUGAAGGUUUUCCUGUGAAGGAUGGACAUUGACCGGGUUGACCUUACUCUUAUUGGAGAUAGGGUACUACUUUUAGAUCAUGAAAGGUGAGGACUACUGUUCACUUUUCUUCGCCUCUUUAACUAUCACCAUUUCCAUUUGCUUUGUGUUUUUUGGUUCUGUUUCUUUUUCCUUUGGUGUCCAUAUAUAAAUAAUCUGGUUGAACUGCUCUUGAUUCCUGAAUGUUGAAUAUAAUAAGGAAUUUACAAGAAAAAUAA